GUCGACGUCAAGCCGUCGCGACGCGUGCGUCUUCUCUUUUGCCGGUUUCACGAAUCUCACGAGACUCGCGUGUCCCCCCCUCCUCUCCCCGCCCCCUGUACACAGCGUGGCCACCAGCUCUCUCUCUCUCUCUUUCUCUCUUUCUCUCUCUCUCUCUCUCUCUCUCUCUCUCUCUCUCCGUGAUAUCCUCUCACCGUGUUUCGCCCACCUGUUCGCUCCAGCGAAGUGUGUGCGUGUGUGCCGCGGUCCUUUCCUCUCUUCUCUCUUCUCUCUUUCUUUCUCUCUUUCUUUCUUCCCCUCUCCCUCCUCUCCCCUCUCGAGAACGAAACGAGAUCACGCAGUGCACGUGCGUUUGUCAUGUACACGACGUACGUGUGACAACGAGAAAGAUAAAAAAGAUCGGUCGAAGGAGAAUAAGUGUGCCUCAAUACAGGAUAACACCUGGCUCAAGUUGCGAAGUAUCUCGCGAGUGAUAAAUAUCGGCUACUUUUUCCCCUCCCCCCUCUCUCUCUGGUGCCGCGUGCAACCGUGGUGAGAAAACGAUCGAUCGAUCAUCAUCCCUCGGUUCGGUUGCCCCCCUUCCUCUCUCCCUCUUCCCUCCCUUCCUCCCCCCGGUGUUCGAUAGCCGGUUAAACUGGGCCAGUGUCGGGAUCGUGUCGGUUGGAGAACGUGGAGGAGGAGGUGGAGGAGGAGUGCCUUUCUUCCGGGUCCUGUGGAGGCCGGUGUGAUAUAAUCGUCGUCGGGCCAACCCUUGGAUUAUGACUGUCGGGUAGAUGACACUCGGCAGGCCGUCGUCGUAGGGUCGACGCAGCUUUCCACCUCCCUCCACUCGCCGAGAAAAUCACCAUGAUCAUCGAAACGCUCGUAAGAAUAUCAUAAUCCAUCCCCGCGACAACAACAACAACAACAAUAUCCCGACACCGCAACAAGUAGCCAAACUAUAUAGCUUAUAUAUAUAUAAAACCCAACCUAAUCGGCGAGUCUAAUAAAAAAGCUCGUAAAAGAGAGAGAAAAAAAAAAAAAAGGAGGAAAAGAACUCGAAGAAGAAGAAUAAGAGGAAAAAGAAGAUAAGGAUCAAAGGCGAAGGAGGAAGAGGAGGAGAGAGAAAAAAAAAUAAAUAAAUAAAAAAAAGGAAGCGCGGAGAAGCGUGUGCGUGCGUGUGUGUCAAAGUUGGAAGCGGGCUGAAGAAGGAAAGUGGAGCGUAAAUGCUCGCAGAGGCGCUUAAGCGGGCUUACGCGCGAGCAAGCGUAUCGUGAGCCGGCUUCGUAACGUGAAAACGUGUGAGGGAUGCGGCCCAUGGGCGAAGGGUGGGGUCUUUGGGCACCGAUAAGGCUUAUCCGAAGAUACGAUGGCCGGCUGCUCGGCUCUUGUCGCCAGUCGUAGUGCUCAGGUGGCCGAGGCGGGAUCGUCGUGCGCUUUAAUUCACGCUACGAUAUCGCGGCUACGCGUCUAUUCCGAGUAUCACCAUCGCUAUCGCAUCGGGCUGGCCGGGAUCGCCGAUCGUUCGAUCGAAGAUCGGAGUCACGCGUGAGGACCACACGGGAACCAGGUGGCCAAACGGGUGUGCUCCGCAGGGGGUGACGAUUGGCCGUGGAUCGACCGACAGAAACAGGGUGAACGAGGCCGAGGGAAGGAGGCACCGAGAUCCGGCCGCCGGGAGGAGGACUCCUAUGAAAAUGCUUCAAUCGUUGAACGCUCUGGCGGGUAAGAUCUCGCCGGGCUCGCCGACCGACAGCAACGCGAACAAGGUGCACAUGCACAACAAUAACAACAACAAUAACAACAACGUGGUGCAUCAUCAUCAUCAUCCGUACUCGAAGCAACAGGCGCAGCAGCCGUCGCCGUCGUCGCAGUCGAGCAACGGCGACCAGAAGGAGAACACCAUAAUGAACAACAAUAGCGUGGAGCAACCAGAUCCCGACAACAUAAAGAUGUUCGUCGGCCAGGUACCACACGACAUGGAUGAGAACGAUCUGAGGAAGUUGUUCGAGGAGUUCGGCCGGGUGCAUCAGAUAAACAUCUUGCGGGACAAGAUCACCGGAAGUCAUAGAGGAUGUUGUUUCGUAACGUUCUACACGAGGAAAGCAGCCCUGGACGCUCAGAAUGCUUUGCACAACGUGAAAACCUUCAAUGGGAUGCGGCAUCCGAUCCAGAUGAAGCCCGCGGACAGCGAGAACAGAAACGAACGUAAAUUGUUCGUUGGUAUGCUGUCCAAAAAGUUUACCGAGAACGACGUUAGAAACAUGUUCAGCGUGUAUGGAACCAUCGAGGAAUGCUCGGUGCUGAGGGACAGCACCGGGAAAAGUAAAGCCUGUGCCUUCGUUACCUUCGCUAGUAAACAAUACGCCAUCAACGCCAUUAAAGCUCUUCAUCACUCGCAAACGAUGGAGGGAUGCUCGUCGCCGCUGGUUGUGAAAUUUGCAGACACGCAGAAGGAAAAGGACCAGAAGAGGAUGCAACAACUUCAGACGAAUCUUUGGAAUAUAGCAGGAGUCAAUAUGGCGCCGCAUUACCUGACCAACGAUACGCCAGCUUUGGCUCCCGCCUCGUUACAGCUGUUGCAACAACUUCAAGCGACAACAAGCGCCGCGACUCCAGUUGCGGCAGGUGCUGGCGCAAGCGCGCUGUCGAGCGUACAGCAUCAAUUGUUGCUCCAACAGCACCUCGGUCUCGGCGCAGCAACUCCUGCGCAUGCGGCCGCGCCAGCCGUUCCGAGUCCGCCGGAAAUCAACCCUGCGAAUCUGCAGGGACUGGCGACGCUCGCGUCUUUGAGUAACACCGCCGGUGAGUAUGCAAAUGCGGGAGUAUCGCCGAUGAGUAUGCAAAACCUGGUUACCCUGGCUGCCAUGACAGGCGGAAACGGCAACCUUCAAGUGUCGCCAAACACGUUAAGCGGACUGGCGAAUUCGACAGCAGGUAUGUCGCUAUCUGUCCUUCUUGGAAAGAGCGGAAACACAGGGUCCACCGGAGGUAGCCUGAGUCCUGUCACGUCCCUAGCGCUCAAUUCCUUAACGGGGACACCUUUGAACGGGUUGCAGGACUCGUUGAGCAACGCCUACUCGAGCUUACAACAGUACGCAGCUCUCAUUGGAAAGACGACGGUGACCGUGGAAAAGAAAGAAUUACAUAGAUUUCCCGCGUUCACAGCGGCGGCGGCGGCGGCGGCGGCGGCCGCUCAAAAGGCGAAAUUCACUAACACGGAUAAGCAGAUAGAGGGUCCAGAAGGUUGCAAUUUAUUUAUAUAUCAUCUACCGCAGGAGUUCAGCGAUACUGACCUUGUCUCAACGUUUCUGCCGUUUGGAAAUGUCAUCUCGGCGAAGGUUUUCAUCGAUAAGCAGACGCAAUUGAGUAAAUGUUUUGGCUUCGUGUCGUAUGACAAUGUGGCGAGCGCACAAGCAGCAAUCCAAGCGAUGAACGGCUUCCAGAUCGGCAUGAAGCGGCUGAAGGUCCAACUGAAACGAUCCAAGGACGCAUCGAAACCCUACUAGCCGACAUCGUCCACCGUUCGUAGCAGGUGGCCUGUGACGUUGUGACCGUGUUCUCGAUCGGAGUCGCCGUGCCAUGUCAGUAUCAGUCAGUCGAAUCGGUCAGUCGUUCGAUCGAUCGGUCAAUCGAUUAGUCGAUCAGUCGAUUAGUCACGACUCCUUGGUCAGCCUCUUGAUCAAUCAUUCUGUGUCUGUCGGUGCCUGUACACAUCUGCCCGCUCUCGCUCCUCUUGUAAGAAGCGGUUGCCCGCUCUACUCCUACACAUACAUUAUAUAUUACCAUGAUGCUUCCUAAUUUUUUUCCUCACAUGACCAUCCUCGAAGAAAAAACGAGAAAAAAAAGAAAAAGACAACACUCCUCGAACGAAUCCAUCCACCUACGAGCUACCUCCAUGUUUUAUUUCGCGUACACGCGCACCGUUUCCGCGUAUGGUCGCCACUGCUUGGUCUGUUCCACAUUUAACCGAGGAUAGAUGGCAGCACACUGAUUGUCAAUCGUGGCGCGUUACUCUGUGAACGCUCUGCUUCGUAAAUACAAAAAAACGAUAUUAAAAGAGAAAGAAAGAGAAGAGAUCCUCAAUGGUCAUCAAUCAACUUUUAUAACUGUGGACCAAGUCGGUGCGAAAUUAAUCGAGGUGCGGAAACGGAAUCAGAACGAGGAAUCGUCGUGGGAAAAAUAAAACGCUCGAUUUCGCAUUUAAAAAUUCGAGAGAGACCAGGAAAACGGCGAUAUCAUCGUUCAGUGUGUUAAAGAGUAGCGAAGCGGAAACCGGAGCACCACCGAUCGAGCACUAUGUUUUUAUGUUCCUUGGGCUGAACUGUAACACACGCUACCUUAUCUCUCUGUUUCUCUGUAUGUGUGUAUAUAUAUUAUAUAGCAUAUUCGAACGAUGCAUACCCAUAUAUCUGUGCAUGUGUAUGUACGAAAAUGUGCGUAUGCGCGAGCUGUGCGGUCUAAAGCUGAUUGAAACGCUAUAAAAAGUAAAAAGAGUUCGUUACAAUAGGAUAUAGUUACCGCGAUCUUUCAGUCGCUUAAUUUACAAGCGAUUCGAAAUAAACGAACGAAAAAAGAGAUAUAGAAAACGAAUCAAUUUUAGAUCGCAAUAAAUUAUUUGUGGACCUUUAGUGUAAGAAAUAUUUGCGUACAAUCACUAACUAGCCGUUAAAAGGGAAGAAAAAAAAUAAUAAGGAACAAAAGUAUGCUCGUUCCAUAAGACGAAACUUGUAUAAGUACCUUGUAUGUAUUAUACGAGAAUAUUAUCGCGCAUGCGUUCACUUAUCGACUGAGAAUCGAUUAUAUCGGCUCACUUUCGGGAUCGCUGUCAGCGUCGCGAAUCGCCUGUUCAUAUGUAGAUAAAUAAAAAAAAAAAAAGAUACGCACUAAUUAUUAUAGUGCCGGCUCUAAUCGAAUAAAUAAUAGGAAAAAAAAAAAGUGUGUGUAGAAAAUGGAAAACCAUUGAAACAAAAUCAUUGAAAAAAAAAAAAAUAAUAUAAUAAAACGAAGUGAAUGCAAACUAAACGCUAGAACGAAAAUAAAAGAAUAUGUGGACCGAGCGAAAUGGUCAGAGUCCGAUUAAACUGUUGUAAAUUAAAAUAAUAUAAUGGUGUAAAGAUUACCAAAAAAAAGAACCAAAAACAAAAAAAAGACAAAACUGGAACAAGGAGACAAAACGAAGUGUAGGGAAAAAAAAACGAUACAUAAGUAGCAUUUUUUAAUGACUUUGUGAUAACGUUGUACCGUACAUAGGAUUGGACUAGGAUCGCUUUUUAACGUGUGUAUGAUAGAAAUAAGCGUGGCAUGAGGAACUUAAAAUGAUGGAAAAUUUCGAAAUUAUAAACUAAAUUACAGGAAAGAAAGGAAAAAUGCAAACAAAAUUUUUCAUCAGGUGACAAUUCACUAGCGUGCACGCCAUCAUUCUUAUUUUCUUUCUUUUUUUCUUUCUCUCCCCCUUUUCUUUCGCCCGUACCGAGUAGGUACUUAUAUGAUUCAUAUGAUUUUUAAUUGUUAUUUUCUGUUGUGUUCGAACCUGUAGAUAAAUUAUAUACGUGUCCACGGGUAAAACGAAAUUUGAAUGUACGUUUCAGUACAUUAUGAGAAGAAAAAAGAAGAAAAUUGGAAACAUUCGAGAACAUUUGAGAAAACCUUUUACGAUUUGUUAUUAUUAUACGACAGUCACGUGGCCGAUCACAUGAUUAUACGAAUUAAUCUUGAGUCAGUAACCAUUUUUUUGUUAUACAUUAUAUGACAAAUAUAAAUGAUUUUACGAAACACCUAAGAGAAAAUAUUUGUACUUUGUUAACUUUUGUUUUUAUCUACUUGUAGUGUUUAAGCUUUUCGAAACGAUGUAGAAGAUAGAUCAGGAUCUUCUAUUAAGAAUUAUAAGUUUUAAAUUGAUCUUUUGAGGUUCAGAACUUCAGAUAAUAAGGACAUUUAGGUCGUUACUGAUGCAAGAUUAACUCAUCGAUUGUCAUUUGUAAAAGUACUUAAUUUCACUGUAUUCUUCUAAAAAAAAAAAAAAAAGGUAUACGAUUACAUUUCACGAAAAAGUAGGGAAAAAAAAAAAAAAAAAAAAAAAGACAAAUAAGAUAAUCCAGGAGAGUCCAGAAAUGAUAGUUUGGAUAAUUUUCGUAAAAAUUAAAUCGAUCUGCGUGUUCCUUACAUUUUUCUUAUCAAUAUCCAAUUUAUGAAAGAUUUUUAUAUUUUGUGGAAAAUUCGCUCUAUUGUUUAAAAGGUCGAGAAAUGAAGGGAAAAAAAAAAACGAGAGAAAAAAAAAAUUGUUAAUACUUGUAGCAAGAUAAUGGAACAUUGCAAGCUCUCCCCUCAGAACAAAAAAAAAAAAUCGAAAGAAAUCGUAAGGAGAAGAAGAACGAUGUAGUAAAAACUUCGUCUUCGACUUCGAAGAAAGAGAAGUAUUCCAAAGUGUUUGUUUCAAUUUUGAAAUUUAGAGUUAUAAAUCUUAUUUCACGCGAAACGAUCAUGAAUUUCAUAGUUCAUCGAAUCAUAUCGACAAGACAAACUUCAUUGCAAGAUAUAAUUAAAAUUAUUUUUUUAUAUCGAAUUAUAACUUAUUAACUUCUGCAACAAUAGAAAGGAAGUUAAUAAUUGGAAGAUUUUUAAGAAUCGAAGAAAGAUAAUUAGAGGAUAGUAGAUCAAUAGUAGAAUUGUAGAGGAUAAAUAAAAAUAAAAAAUAAUCGCGUGGAUUUGUCUUGUAAGUAUGAUUGAAAAAAAAAAAAAAAGGGAAAAAAAAAAAAAAAGAAAUGAUAUCUACUCGCCACUUGAAUAAGAAGAAAAAAAAAAAACAGCUGGAGUGUAUGGGUGAUCAUGACUGGCUCUCUUUCUAAUCACUCAUUUCCACGAAUCGUCUCUUUCGUCAUUUUCCCAUUUUCCCGUCCUUUUUUUAAAAAAAAAAAAGGUUGGUUUUGAAAAUUUUGAAAAUUGAUACAUGAAAUUGUAACGAAUUAGAGAAAUUGAGUUUUUUUUUUU